GACUUGUUUGUCACACAAUGACGUCUGAGUGCUUAAUAGGUCAUCCGUGAUCUUAAAGGCCGCCAUUUUUGCGGAAGCUUACAGAGUUUGACUAUUGUUGAAGAUAUUACGAUGUCUGUUACUAAUAUAAGCGAGGAAAAUAUAGUAUGGAGUGGUCAAGACUUCAAGUUAAGCGAUUUUGUAGAGGUUUAUCCUCCCCCGCAGAUUGUGAAAGUCGAGGAGGGRUACAUGGAUGACAAAGAAGAAGACAGAUCCUUAAGUUCUUCGCAAGUCUUAACAUUACACAUGGUCAAAGAAGUAGUUACCGUUAAUGCAAUUGCCGAUCAUAAACAGAGACAUUGGAUCAGUUUGCCAGUAACUUCAUCAGCUUGUGUCGAGAUCAUUUGCAAGCCAAGCUAUUAUGAAAAUGUUGCUGAACUUGCUCGAGAUCUGCCAYCAUUUGUAGCCUCAAUCGAAAAGCAUCCUUGGCUUGGACUUGAUGYAAAUGACAUCCUUGARGUCAAGAGAGUCUCCAAGUCGCUUCAAAAAAGCUGUAUAAUAUGUAAAAAUCUCACAAGUGGUUGUGAUAUUGAACUACCUCUCAGCUACACCGCUCGCUUUAAGUCAUUGGGUCAAUGUCCAGUCAGUAACCCAACAAUGGCUGACAUUACUAAACACUGUAGUUUUCCUGUCGUUGUACAA